UGGCUCCCGCUUCCUAAUGUUUUGAUUUGAUCGCACGCUUCCAGCAAUUCAUUUCUCUCAAAUCUCUCAUCGUGCUAAAAUUUGAUCUUCGUUAACAUAAAUUAUUCUUAGCCAAACUGAUUGGUAGCUUUGUGUUGGCUCAGUUUAAAAGCAUCUUUAACAGUUUAAUCGUUCGUUUAAAAUUGAUACAAUGGCCCCCAACGCCACAUCUACAUUUGUGCACUGGAACAAUUUUUUGGAACUCAUCGAUGAGGCCAAAGCGUUCCUGCUGAAGGCAGAAGAAGGUGAAAUGUGUCUGGACCAGCUGAAAAGUCUCUCAGACAGAGGAAUGGCGAUUUUAGUGGAAGUGGAGGAUAAGAAACUUCAGAUGAUCAUGCUGGACAUCAAUUUGAUGGAUGUCCUCUUCAAGAUCUUCCAGCUCAAUGUCCGAACUCUGUCUCCUGAGAGAUUCGUUUUUGAUCCAGUCACUCAUGCCCAUAAAAUUCUCCACGUUCUGCGUGAAAAGAAGGAAAGCAGGCAGCUGGGUGACAUUUUGAUCAGAAGCUUCUCGGAAGCCGGUGCCAAACUGCUGAGCUACAAAGCUCCGUCGCUGAGUGUCAUGGCAGGUGCCUUCGACAUCUCAGACCCUGAGAAGAAAGCCAGAGCAGCUGCAGUCAGACAUCCUAAGGACAAAAUUGAAGCUGCUAAAGCUCCUGAAAAGGUGACUGCUGUGACAGGUAGAACUGUUGAUGAAACAGUUGUGGAAAUUGGUAAACAGCUCAAGAGCGCCUUCAUUAAAAAUGAGAGGGCUCCAAUUAGCUACAUCAAAUUUGCAUUCAAUCCUGAAUCCUUCACGAAGACUGUGGAGAACAUUUUCCACAUUGCCUUUUUGGUCAACCUUGGUCAAGUCAACAUUUUCCUAGACAAGGAACAGAGGCCUUGGAUCAAACCCAUUGAAAAGGAAAAUCAGACAAAAAAUAGAGAUAAACAGUCUGCCCUAGUUAUGGGAAUCACUCAAGACGAGUGGAAGGAGGCCAUUCGUUUGUUCGAGGUGACGGAACCAAUGAUCAAACUGAAUGAAAGGGAAAUUGCAGGCAUCACCCACAUUCCUACUGCUCAGAAGCGCCGCCGCACCAAGACGUAAACAAAUUAAAAAAACAAAGCUUUUGAAGGCUGCAAUAAUUAAUAUUAAGGUACAAACAAUGACUGGACUCACUGUAAUUUAAUUUAAAUGGAAAGUGAAAUAAAUGAAAUUUAUUUUCUGACAACGAAAA